AGGACCAUCUGCGGGAAUUCCCCAAUUUACGGAUAUUUACGACGUCACGGGUAUCCAAAAUAAGAAAUUGAUCAAGAGAAGGAAGAGAACGUGUAACCCUGGACAUUACAGUAACCUAAGCCUAUGUAGAAGAUGCUGUAGGACACACAGAUCAGGAUGAUGUCUAGCAACGGUGUGCAGGAGACGGGGGGAACGUUCAGGAGCAGUACGGUUCUCAGUAACGGCCUGUCCCCUGACUUUGAAGUUCUCUCCCAUCCCAAUUCCUCUACGGGGUCCCAACCUCCAGCCAGCCUCAGUCAGAUCAACCCCCUGGGGAUGUCGCAGACCCCCAACUCCCUGACUGACGUCACCCUGGAGCAGGCACUGGCUAGAGUGCAUGAUCUGUCACGGGAGAAUAGCGACUUAAGAGAUUACCUGAAGGACAACAAUGAGAUGAUGAAGAAGCAGUACGAGGCGCUGGCGGAGUGGAAGAAGAAAGUCCACGACGCCAACAUAGCCAACCGCGACAAGUUCGACCAGACGAAGGCGCUGAUCCUUGGACUGCGGAAAGACAAUGAAGAGAUGUUGGAGAAAGUCCAAGAGCUGGAGACCAGCAAGGAAGAAAAGAUGAAUGAGUUGCUGGGGAAGAUCCACGCCCUGGAGUCCGCCAGGCUGAAGAGUGAACAGCUGGCCACCCAAGUCUGUAGCAAGGCAGAAGAACAAGGCAUGUCCAUGGACGACUUAGAGCUUAAUCUUCAAGAAAUGGUGAUAGUCAGUGUCAGUGCUGAGACGGAGGAAAGAAUCAGUCAGCUGGAGAGAGAGCUGGAGGACAAGAAUGGAGAAAUUAAGAGAUUGACAGAAGAAAGAGAUAAACUAAGUUCUCAGGUGGGUCAGUUCCGGGAGAGCGCUGACCAGCUUCUGAAGGACCUGGAGUGCCAGCAGAAGAUGAAGGAGGAACUCCAGAGGGAGAACCAGGAACUCCUCGAGAAGAACCUUGACCUGAACCUCCAGGUUCAAAGUCUCUUGUCAGACACACGGAUUUCGUUGCAACUGGUUGAAAAGGCAGCGUUUUCUUCCAAGUCACAAAGUGGUUUGUCAGAUCUAGGUCAAAGUAGCAGGCCAGAGACGGACACGCAGGAGGUAGCACGCUUGAUGGAACAUCUUCACAGGAACGAGGAAAGGUUUAAAACUGAAAUGGCAACAAUAAGGUCACACCUACAAGGGGAGAAAAAUAAGAGUCAGCAGCUGCAAGCCAAACUGACUGAAAACACCCAGAAAAUGUCAGCCAUUGUACAGCAGCACGAACAGGAAGUGGCUAUGUUGAGGAAGGAGCACGAGCAGAAGCUGAUGGAGUUGGCACGGCAACAGGACACAGAGAAGGAACAGCAGCUCCAGUCUGCUACGUACGACACGGACGUCCAGUCUCUGCGGUCGCAGGUGCUCACACUCAUCAGCGAGGUCCAUGAGACACAGACCAAGCUGGCCGCCGCCACUGAUGCACACGACAAGAAGGACAGAAGACUGAAGGACAUGGAGGACCGGAACAAGCGGUUACAGCUGGAUCUCAACCAGACCCGCCACGAGCUGCAGGCCCUGAUCCAGUCCCUCCAGCAGCGCUGUGGUCUGUCGGAACACGCCUACGCACAGGAGCACCAGAGUCACGAGGUCACCAAACGCAAUAUGGGUCAACUGCGGACAUCUUUUGAGCAGUUGGUCACUGACUACAAGGAGCUUCUGGACACGUUUGACCAGUACAAACUGCAGCAGGAGCGGCAGACCCCGGGCUCGGCUCCCCAGAACCAGCGUGCCAUGUUGGAGCAGAUCAACCACCUCACGGCACAGGUGAUGGCAGCAGAGGAGGCCAUCACGAUCCGGGACGAGCAGAUCCAGUCACUGAAGGUCGACCUCGCCAGCAAGAAGCGGGAGUACGAGGACAUGGCUGCAGUGUUCAAGGCUCAGGCGGAUGUUUACAAAGCUGACUUUGAUGCCGAACGUUCGGCACGGGAACAGCAGGUGUCCGAGAAGGAGCGGAUCCUGACCGAGAUGGGCGACCUCCAGGUGCAGAACCAACAGCUGCUGGAUGACAUCGAGUCCUACUCCCGCCGCCAGAUGAGCGAAAUGCAGCGUCGGGUAGCACCGUCCUCCCACGCCUACCUACAGUGUGUCAGCCCGGGGGGUCCCUACGGCCCGCCCCAGCCCACAUUCAACUACCAGGGGGGGAUGCAGGACAACCAGCAGUCACCGGACAUCAACUACCAUGAAACCCUCAAUCUGAACCAGCAUCCCAACCAAGGUCCACCUCACUUGGAUCCAGGUCAGCACGAGGAGGAAGAAGUGCCCCUCGUGUGCCCCCAGUGCAAUCUAACGUGCCCCGACAUGGACACACUGCAGAUCCACGUGAUAGAGUGUCUGGACCAAGACGACCAGCGGAGGGCUAACCACCAGUAGCUGCACUCCAGCUCCUAGCAACCUGUGAUUUUAGCUGUAUAUGUUCUUGGUUUGAAUGGAUGAGUGGAAUUUGAUGAUGGUACAGGUCUAUUGAUGACUGAUGAGGAACUUGGUGUAUCAUGCUGCGGAUAGAGUUUACCUGCAACAGAUACUGCACACACGUAUACAAACCAUUUUUACACAAACUUUUUAAUGAUUAUGCUUAAAAUGCUGUUUCGUGUGACUUCUAAUUUGUACCUAUUAGGGGUUGACCGAAGUUUGUAACAUAUUCCAUAAACUCGCCACAGUAUACAUAUGUAAUUAACAAUAAGCAAGAUAUGGACCUGUUUUGUACAUUAUUCUCUGUAGUAGAGUUCAUUUGUGGUUGCUGCCUGCAAUUGAUGCGCUCGCAACUUGAUGACGUCAUGUAUUGAACGUUAUUUUUUAGAGGGAGUGUCUGGUAAAUUGCUCCCCAUAGAUGUUGGUAGACUAUGCAGAUAAAUGCAAUGGUGGACUGAUCGCAUCCAGAAGUGGGAGAGAUAUGACAAUCGGUAUUGGGAGAAAGGGUACAGAUAAUCUACGUGAGGAUUGUGAGAAUAUGCGGGAAAUACCAAACUGAACCCGCCUGUUUGUAAAAUGGACUUGUCCAACAUUUAUGGCUUGGAUUAUAUUUAGGUAGUCAUCAUAAUCAAUAUUUGGGGAAAUAUUUUUAAAGCUAGCACAUUUUAUCAUUAAGAAUCUGUACAUAAUGUGGAAAAUCUCACAUAAGAAAUAAACAACUUGUGGUUGUUGUUUAUCGCCCCUCAUGGUGUUUAUUUGUCGUUUAUGUCUUAUGUGUUCUUAUGUGUUCUUGUACUAUUGAGUGUUUUAAUAUUUACUGAGUAUUUGUACACAAGCAACUCAAAAUUAAUCAGGAAAUGGUGAUUUAUUGUGCCUGUUUUACACAAGUACACAGUUUAUCUGGAGCCCUGAGGAUGUCAUAGUGUUAUAUCAAGUCACAAUCUGAUGUUUAGUUCCUAUACUAAGACAGGCACACUGCAUGUCUAACCUUGUCACACACAAAUUAUGUCUCAAUUGCAUCAAAAUCAGAUCAUAGUCCUCGCAUAGGACAAGACCUCUGCUAGGAUCUGAAUUUAAUGAAAUUUAAUUAGCUUCUGAAACUUGUGAACAUUAUUUUUCUCAUUUUGUGUUAGUAUCAGGGUAUCCAGAUUUUCCAAGCUGAAAGUUUCUGUACUCCCCUUCAUCUCUAUUGUUAUAUAUAAAAAUGAUCAUCAUAUUGGCUGAGGGAUGAAUAUAUCACAAAUACCUCUCAAUUUAUAAAGGUAAAAUAAUCACCAACAAUUAAUUCAUUAAACUGUUUCUGAAACUUAAGCUGCAGGUUUUUUACUAUAAUUAUCAUAUCAUGUACCACUUUUUGAUUUAUUGCAAAAACGUGAUUGCUUUGACAAAUAUGACAUCGCACAACAAUAGAUAUUUCUGACACAAAACUUGAUCAAAAAUAGUUCUAAAAAGGAUUGUAUGUUUAGAUCUGUGUGAAAAUAGUUACCGUAUUCGACGUUAUAAGCGCCCCGCUCUAAUAAGCGCCCACGGCGAUAUUUGCUAAUAUAUUGGCUCGUGAACAAUCCCAAUUAGCACCCCUUCCGAUUGACCAAUGUACACAAGACU